CUGCAAUUAUUUUUAUUGUUACGCUGUUACUGCGUACUCAGAAAACAAACUAAAUUUCCUUAUAUAAUACAACAACAAAAGGCGCCUACUUGUCUUAAGACGGCAAAAUGUUCCUUUCAGAGAGGAAGGCUAGUCAUUCCCGUGAUACUCAAGGAAAUAUUGUUGGUAUAGACUUUUCGGGUGAUGAUGGUUCAGAUUCUACAUCCAAAGAAUGGGUUUAUACAAGAUGGGCCAAAAUAAUGUUUCGAACAGCUGCUAUGAUCAGUCUAGCAUCAGUUAGUAUGAAUACACCGGAUACAUUUAAACAAGUUCCAGUAUUAAUGUAUAUUACUUUUAUCUUGGAUUUGACGGUUGCAUUAUUAUUCACAGUGGAAAUGAUCAGUAAAAUGUAUAUCGAAGGCUUAUUUGUUCCUGCAUCAAGUCAGAAUUUGAAUCAACUAAUUCGAACACAAAUUGCUUCAAAGUCAUCUAGUGGUAUUGAUCAAAAACGUAAUCGUGCUUAUUUUCAAAAAUCAUGGAAUUAUUUUGAUGCAUUUAUGUUAUUAUGUAUAUGGGCUUCAUUAGCAUUACAAUGUGUAGAAUUUUAUAUCACAUUUCAUUGUUCAGUUAAUAAUAAUGAUGAAGAAAAUAUUCUUUACAAUAACAAUAAUAAUAAUAAUAUCAAUAAAGAUUAUUUUAUAUGUUCAAAUAAUGAAAAGUUUCGACGAAAUUAUGGUUUUUUAAGUGUUAUACGUUGUCCAAGACCAUUGAUACUUAUACGUGUAUUUCGUGCAGUAUUAAGACUUCAAUUACCUCAAGCACGUGUAAAAGCUAUAUUUCAACGAUCCACACAUCAAGUAUACAAUGUGACAGUAUUUCUACUUUUCUUCAUGUCACUUUAUGGUUUCUUGGGUGUGCAAUUUUUUGGCGAUGAAUUAAAUUAUCAUUGUGUUUUAAAAACAGCUAAUGAAACAUAUAUUACUAAACGAGAUCUAGCCAUACCAGAUUCUUAUUGUAAUCCAGCCAAAAAUCCUGAUACUCAAUGUCCCAGUAAUAUGAAAUGUAUACGAAUCGCUAGCUCUAUACAAGAUGAUGGGGGUUAUGCUGGAUUUGAAAGCUUUUAUAUUAGUAUAUUUACGGUAUAUCAAGCUGCUUCUCAAGAAGGUUGGGUCUUCAUAAUGUAUCGUGCUAUGGAUUGUCUUGCAUCAUGGAAAGGAGUUAUUUAUUUUAUGUCUAUGAUCUUUUUAGUUGCAUGGUUAGUUAAGAAUGUAUUUAUUGCUGUGUUAAUUGAAACAUUUGCUGAGAUUAGAGUACAGUUUCAACAAAUGUGGACACCAAGACAUACUGCAGAUGCAGAUUCAUCAAAGAUAUUUCAGUUUGAUGGUUUAACAUGGAAAUUAGUUCCUGUACAUGAGAGUAAUCCACGUGGUUUAGCACCAAAAUUUUUUCAAGAAACGAUACUCAGGUCUACUGGAUUCAAUGUAGUUAUCAUGGUCUUAGUAUUGGCUAAUGCAAUCACAGCAGCUGCAUUACACUUUAAUCAUCAAAGUUUACGAGACAGUGACCAUAUGAAAGUUCAAUUAGACGGUUUCUAUUAUGCUGAGAUUUUAUUCACUAUACUUUUCAAUCUUGAAGCUGUUUUUAAAAUUUGGUGUUUAGGAUGGGGUAAUUAUUGGCAUAGAUCAUUAUUUAAAUUUGAAUUAUUUCUUUGUAUCGGUACAACAAUUCAUUGUAUACCAAUAUUAUAUCGUACAGAAUUUACAUUUUUAUCUGUUUUAAGAAUUGUGCGUCUGAUUAAAGCCUCCCCAAUGUUGGAAGACUUUUGCUUCAAGAUAUUUGGACCAGCUAAAAAAUUGGGCAGUUUAAUUUUAUUCACUACAUGUUUCCUAAUAAUCACUUCAACGUUUAGUUUACAGUUAUUUUGUUGCUUUCAAGUAUUCGAACCAACAUUUGAUAGGUUCUCAACAUUUCCAAAGGCAUUUAUGUCAAUGUUUCAAAUACUUACACAAAAAGGUUGGGUUGCUGUGAUGCAUGAUACAAUGGAUGUUGUAGAAAAUGAAGCUGUAACAACAGGAGUAGCAAUUUAUUUUGUAUUUUAUCAUUUAGUUGUAACAUUGAUCGUUCUUAGUUUGUUUGUUGCUGUCAUCUUAGAUAAUUUGGAAUUGGAUGAAGAUAUUAAAAAAUUAAAACAAUUAAAACUUAGAGAAAUCAGUGCUGAAACACAACAGAAAUUACCUAUGCGUCUAAGAGUAUUUGAAAAGUUUCCAAAUCGUCCACAAAUGUUACAACUUACUCGAUUAGUAUCUGACUUCUUAAUGCCUAAAAUUCGUGAUAGUUUUAUGCGUCAAUUCGCUGUUAUAUCAGCUCUUGAAGAAGUUGAAGAUGAAACUAUUGAAGAAAUGUUAACAACAAUGGCUAAAUCACAACAAACAACAGAACAAAAUCAACUCAAAUUAAAUCCAUUUAGUGUAAAUCCUUCUAAUGUUAAUCCUAAUUUUAAUAAUUAUAAUACUUUAACAAAAGAAGCACUUCCUAGUCAUACAGAUGUUGAAACAUUAAGAGCUAUUAAACGCAAAGUUCAUGGAUUACAUGGUGAAGAGAAAUUUCGUGCAAUUAUUUAUCUUUUAAAUGAAUCGAAUAAAACACGUUUAUUGACAAUUGAAAAAACUUCAAACAUUGGAAAUAGAUCCUUAUUAUCAACCCAACAUCAAAUUCGAUUAGAUAGAAGAAGCACAAGAAACAGAGUUGGAAAUUCAAUGGGGACACAUAAAUCAUUUAGGGCUAAUGGAGAAGUUAGAGGAGGAAAUCCAUCAAUAAGACCAGAUCGUAAUGGUGAAUCACAAGCAACAACUGGCAAUAGAACAAGUCAUGAUGAUAUCAAACUAUUACAACAAAAAGCUCAACUUGCAGAACUUAAAAGAACACAACAAGAAGUUGAACUUAGAGAAAAUCAUCCAUUUUUUGAUCGACCAUUAUUUGUUCUUGGACGUGAAAAUCGUUUUAGACGAUUUUGUUUAGUUCUUGUUGAAGCAAGACAUAAAGCACACGAUUCAAUGGAAUCAACAGAUAAUGGAAACUUUAUACAUAAAUUUCUUGGAUUAGUUACAUAUUUGGAUUGGAUAGCUAUAUUUGUCACAACUUUAUCAUGUGCAUCAAUGUCUUUAGAAACACCACAUUUUAGAUUAAUGAAUACACCAGAAGUUCAAAUAUGUGAAUAUAUUUUUUUCGUUGUCAUGACAUUAGAAAUGACCUUGAAAAUUUUUGCUAAUGGACUAAUAUUUACCCCUAAUGCACUUUUAAAAGAUUUUGGUGGAUUCUUGGAUUUAUUUAUUUAUAUAAUCAGUUUGAUUUUUGUCAGUUACAUGUUACGUGUUGAUGUGAUCGGUCCAGGAUCUGCUGGUCAUUUACUUAUGGUAUUAAGAUGUCUUCGACCAUUAAGAAUAUUUUGUUUAGUUCCACAAAUGCGUCGAGUUGUUUAUGAACUUGUACGAGGAUUCAGAGAAAUUCUUAUGGUUUCUGUCCUGUUAGUUGUAUUCAUGUUUAUAUUUGCUGUAUAUGGUGUACAUUUAUUCGGUGGACGUUUAGCUAUAUGUAAUGAUAGAAAUAUCAUGAGUAAAGAAAAAUGUGUUGGACGAUUUAUGCGUGAAUUAGCUUCAACAAAAUUGAAAAGUGUUAAAGGUGAAUCAAUUAAAAUACUUGUACCAAGAGUAUGGGCUAAUCCAAGAAAUUUCAAUUUUGAUAAUAUUGGUAAUGCAAUAUUAGCAUUAUUUGAAGUGUUAUCCCUUGAAGGUUGGGUUGAAAUACGAGAUGUAAUUAAAGAACGUAUUGGUCCACGACAUGUUAUUUAUAUACACUUAUUCGUUUUUAUUGGAUGUCUUAUUGGUUUAACAUUAUUCGUUGGGGUGGUUAUUGCAAACUAUAGUGAAAAUAAGGGUACAGCAUUACUUACUGUUGAUCAACGUAGAUGGUUAGAUUUAAAAGGUCGUAUAAGAUUAACUCAACCUUUACAAAUUCCACCACGUCCAAAACUUCAUCAAGAACCUGGUCUAACAAGAAAUAUCGUUAGUCCGAAAUCGAAUAAUCUGGAAAAGAAAAGUUUAAAAUUUCGUUGUUUCAUCUAUGAUAUAACUCAGCAUAUUUUAUUUAAACGUGCUUCAGCAACUCUAGUUGUUGCCAAUUGUUUUCUGUUAUUCUUUCCAUUUAAUGAAUUAGGUACUGAAAGAUCCAGUUGGGUUAAACCAAGAUAUCAAAUUCAAGUCUCUUUAGGUAUUAUAUUUACCUUAUUCUUUUGUAUUGAAUGUUUAUUAAAAAUUAUUGCAUUAAAAUUUGGAGGUUAUUGGCAAUCGAAACGUAAUCGUUUUGAUAUGCUUGUUGCUGUACUUGGUGUAACAUGGAUUAUUUUACAUUUUAUACUACGACCAAUUCCUGAAAAACAUAUGAUAAGCAAUAAUUUCGGUUGGUUUGUUUUAAUGCUUAGAUUUUUCACAAUUGCUGGAAGGCAUGUUACAUUGAAAAUGUUAAUGUUAACUGUUGUUAUGUCAAUGUAUAAAUCAUUAUUUAUUAUUAUGAGUAUGUUUUUAUUAAUGAUGGUAUAUGCAUUGGCUGGUGUUAUUUUAUUUGGAUCUGUAAAAUAUGGUGAUAAUCUUGGUCGACAUGCAAAUUUUCACAAUACAUUUCGAGCAACUGCUUUAUUGACAAGAAUUGUGACAGGUGAAGAUUGGAAUAAAAUUAUGCAUGAUUGUAUGAUACAACCACCAUUUUGUCGAAUGCAUGCAACAUUUUGGGAAACAGAUUGUGGAAAUUUUAGAGCAGCAUUAAUAUAUUUUUGUUCAUUUUAUGUUAUUAUUACAUAUGUUAUGUUAAAUGUACUUGUUGCAAUUAUUAUGGAGAAUUUCUCUUUAUUUUAUUCAAAUGAUGAAGAUGCUAUUAUGAGUUAUAGUGAUAUACGGAAUUUUCAAUUAGCUUGGAAUAUUAUUGAUGUCAAUAGAAAAGGUGUUGUCAAAGCUUAUUAUGUACGAUUUCUACUACGUCUUAUUCCACGUGAACGUGUUGGUUUUGAUUUAGCUAAAAAGAAAGAUCAACAAUUAUUUAAAGAAAUGUGUUAUGAAGUAGAAACACUUCGUGGUGGUCGUGAUAAAGAUGUUAGUUUUCAUGAUGUUUUAAUGGUUUUAGCUUAUAGAACUGUUGAUAUUACUAAGACUUUACAAUUAGAAGAACUUAUAGCUCGAGAAGAGUUAGAAUAUGCAAUUGAAGAAGAAGUGGCUCGACAGACUAUUGCAGCAUGGAUUGAACGAUGUAUUUUUAGAAAUAGACAGAAACAUGGUCAAUUAAAAUUUAAAAUGCAUUCAAAUAUUGAACGUCAAAUAAGCACAAGCAUAGAUGAUAAUGAUGAUUUAAAUAAAAAAAGUGAUUUUCUAAUUAAUAAAAGUGUACGUAUUAAAAAUCAAUCAUCAAACACCAGUAAAUCAUCAUCAUCAUCAUCAACAACAACAACAACCACAACAACAACCUCAUCAUCAUCAUCAUCACCAUCGAUAAUAAUAACCAUUAAAGAUAAUGGUGGAAAAUCUAUGGAAAAUCCAAUGGAAGCAAGUCAUGAAAGAGCAAAUAAAAUAUUAGCACCACAAUUAAAAAUUAAUAAAUUAACAAUAAACACUAUAACUACUACUUUUAUUCAUCAUACAAUCAAUACUAUACCUAUGACUAAAUCAAUAAAUCUCUCUUCAAUACCUACUUUAACAACUAUUCAUUCUAAUAUGAUAACAACACCAACAAUAGUUAACAAUGCAACGAUACAAAAUAAUUCAUUUGUUCAACAUUCAAAUGAAUUUACUACACUUUUAAUAAAAAAUGAUUCUGAUGAUAUGACUACAUUGACAACUACUCCUUUUAAAACGAAUAUGAUUGGCAAAAAUGAUGAUGAUGCUGCUGAUGGUGAUGAUGAUGAUGAGGAUGAUGGUCAAAGUUUAAUCAUUGAACAAUAUGAUACAGAUUAUCAACAACCAUUAUUAUUAUUAGAUUCGAAACAAGAAAAGAAAUUAUGUAAUCCUAUUGAUAAUGGGAAUAAUCAAUUACAUCAAUCACAACAUAAAUCAAUUUCUAAUAAAUUCAAUAUAGAUCAAAUCAAUAAUAAUAAUCUUAUUCAUUAUAUUAAUGAUAAUCAUCAAAUGACACCUCCAACAUUUAUUGAUACAUGUUUAAUGAAUAAUGAGAAUAGAACAAAAUUAUCUCAAACUAAAAUCAAUAAAGAAUUAUCUAAAUCAAUGAUAGAUGAACAAAAAUCAAUACAAUCAAUUGAACCAUAUCAAGUGACAAUUAUUGAAAACGUGAUGGGAUUAAAUAUGGAACAACAACUACAACAACAACCACCACCUCAGCAACAACACCACCACCAUCAACAACAACAACAUCUUCCAUUAUCAUCGAAUAUAAAUACAUCACAAAUGAUUCGUACAAAACCAACUGUAUUAUCAACAAUUAAAUCUUUAUCCACUCAUAAUAAAUCAAGACAAAGUGUCAUUCAAAAAUUAUCUAAAUUACCAGAUGUUGUAGAAGAUUCAGAUGAACAAGGUGAGAAACGUUUAGUUUAUAGUUGUACAAAUAAUCAUCAUAAUAAUGAUAAUAAUAAUAGAACUAUAUCACAAACAAUGGAAAUGUAUAAUUUGAAAGGUGAUUCAAUGAAAAGAAAAGAUAUGAAUCAUUCUAAUAUUGAUAAUCAUUUACUAUCUAGUGAUUAUACUACUCAUAACCUUACUGGUAGUAGUAUUAAUAGUAGUGGUAGUGGUAGUAGUAGUAGUAGUAGCAACAAUAAUAAAAUCCAAAUAAAAACAAAUGAUAGCUCAUCUAUCAUAUUACCAUUACAAAAUGAAAUGAUCAAUAAUGAGAGUAAAUUAAUGGAUCCUAAUUAUAAAUAUCAUCAUAAUAUUUAUUUAAGUAAACAUAUAAAUGAUUCAUGUGAUGAUGUGAAAAAAUGGUGGCGUAGUCAACUUUAUCCAAAUUUACAAGGACAACAACAACAUCAAAAUAAACAAGCAUGGAUACAAUCAAAUAUUCACCAUAGUAAUACUAUUAAUUCUACUAAUACUUCUACUCUUACUCUUUCUCCUCCUCCUCCUCCUCCUCCUUCUUCUCCUCAUUCUACGACAGUAAUGGAUGAAGAAAUUAUUUCAAUACUAAAUAGUCCUAAAAAGAAACAACAAAGAGGACAUAAAAAUCAACCUAGAAUUGUAUCAUCAUUAGCUAGUAAACGACGUUCAGGUGUAGCUGCUGUAAUUUCACGUCGUCCAUAUCAUCAAUCAAGAGUAAAUAAUCUAUAUGAUGCUACUAUUGAUGAAUAUACAAAUGAUUAUAUUGCUAAUAAUAAUAGUAAUAAUACUACCAUCCAUAAUAAUAAUAAUAAUAAUAAUAAUAAUAAUCGUACUGUUACAAAUACAACUAAUCGUAUUGACAUCAAAGGAAGUCAUUUAUUACAGAAACAUGUUUAA